GACUGGAGCAAGGAAAAUAAGUUGCGAAGCUUGAAGCUUCUUUUCGAGCGGCUCUUGCUGCGCUGUCGUGUCGCGUGCCACGCGCGGCGGGUCUUGUAGCCGUCGUCUGCUGAGCCGUCGUCUGCGACGCUGUGUCGUGCCUGCACCUCUAGCAGCGUGCGGCUCUUGCGUGUCCGGGUGCCCUGGAGCUCGACGGAAGAGUGCGUCAGUGCGCGUUACGUUUUGAACUAGCCAGCCUUUCGGAAGCGUUUCGCGGAGCUGUCAGCUACGUUUCCCCUGUUUCACCUAACAGCGUCUCCUGCUACCGCCUCCCACUCCUGCGACACGCGGCAGACCUUCGACUCAACCUCCUGGUGUCACAAUCACGAUUAUUGCGCACUUUGAAGAACCUGCUGCUUGCAGCAGGCUGAACUUGCUGCUUGCAGCUUUGUGACUUGUGCAGCUUGUGGCUUACUUGCACGACUUCGUCGUGGGCCUCCGACUUUCGUCAAAAAAAUUAUUUUGGUACGUUAUCCCGCACUGCUUCGUGCCGUGCGGGGAAGCUGAGCUAUUGUCGGAUUCUACUAAAUGCGUCGCUCUCCUUGAACUGGAAUUUUCACGCUCUGUCUACCGUCACAUGUCGUGAAUUCUUUGGACGCAGAUGUCGGUGCGGGGCUUUGGUUAAAGCCGAAGUUUCUUCGUCUAGUCGACCAGGCAGAGUUCACUGCUAAUCGCACAACCAUGUCGGUUAUUGCUGCGCGCCGUAUCCCUUGGGACUGUACAGAUGUGGUGCAGGUUCUUUUCUUUACGGCUUCGCUGGCUGAAAGUUGAUUCUGGUGGAUGAUUCUUGUGGAGAGUCUUAAUACGAGAAGGGCUGGAUUGUGCAAUUGAUGCCGGAUCGGUGUAAUGGUAGCGGCGUAUUGCUGAGCGACCUUGGGCUGCUGCGCACGACACACACCUGGCGUCUGCAUCUCGCCAGUGAUCGUCGCAGGGCAAACUCUCGCUGUCAGCGCUCGGCGGACGGCGGGUAGCACAAGCUGUGGGGUCUUCACGAGGUGUCGACGCGUCUCUAUGUGCUGUGCACUUGUGUUUGUGUGGUGGCGAUCUACGUGUUUCUUCCAUCACAGUGCGCCGUGCUUUUGAGUGGCUUCUGGCGCCCGGAGUUAAGCGCCGUCUGCAUGACAGAGUGUGCUUAAGCACGCCGCCUCUUUUCUGUGCUUCGUCGGGGUUUGGAUGUUGCGAAGGUGACCCUCGUUGUCGGAAGCAUCGACCAUCUUCUCUCAGAGCGGAUACUGGUGCCGUUUGUCGACUUACGCAACUGCUACUAUGGCGACAUUGAGAAGCCGCAGGGAUCAUGGAUACCGAAUUCCUCUCUACCGGCGAAGGGGAUCUGCCGACUCCAACUACAGCCAGCCGUCGUCCGACCUCUCGCUCGACGAAACUCGCGAAAAGCAACGUGCUGACAGAGAGAACAAGGCAUUGGCACAGUUGCGGGCGGCAAGGGAGAAAGUAGUAGCAUUUACGGUACGAACUAAUAUGGCAUAUGAUGGAAGUUUGGACGAUGAUUCACCUGUCCAUGGCUACGCUAUCUCAUUUGGAGUCAGAGACUAUCUUCAGAUCCUGGAGAAAUUCAACAAUGACUGGUGGGUGGGCCGUCUCAUGAAAGAGGGCUGUGACAUGGGUUUCAUUCCUAGUCCAGCCAAACUGGAAAACCUAAUUCUACAGCAAACACAAACACGCAGCAGUAAAUUACAUUCAAGGGGUUCAACGCCACCUACUCCUGACCAGAAUGGUUUGGAAAGCAAUGUUGAAGAAAGCGACAGUCCCGGCAACACGAAGCUUGGUCGGGGUGUCAUCACCACCCUCCCUGCCAAGGAAAAACGGAAACCAUUCUUUAAAAAGACGGAAAGCCUGAGCCCAUAUGACGUAGUGCCUUCAGUGAGACCAGUGGUUCUGGUUGGGCCCUCUCUCAAGGGUUACGAGGUGACAGACAUGAUGCAGAAGGCGUUGUUCGAUUUUCUUAAGCACCGCUUUGAAGGCAGAAUCAUAAUAACUCGGGUGACUGCAGACAUAUCACUGGCAAAGCGCUCUGCCGUCAACAAUGCCGGUAAACGGGCACUUAUGGAACGCUCAAACAGCCGAACAAGCUGCCUAGCGGAGGUGCAACAAGAAAUCGAACGAAUAUUCGAACUGGCACGGACGCUGCAACUGGUUGUCCUUGAUUGUGAUACCAUAAACCACCCCUCUCAGUUGGCCAAAACGUCACUAGCACCCAUCAUUGUGUAUGUCAAGAUAUCCUCACCAAAGGUACUUCAACGCCUGAUCAAGUCUAGAGGCAAAUCACAGAGCCGGAAUCUCAACGUACAGAUGGUGGCUGCAGAAAAAUUGGCACAAUGUCCACCUGAAAUGUUUGAUGUGAUUCUGGAUGAGAACCAGCUGGAGGAGGCGUGUGAACACCUGGCCGAGUUCCUGGAGACUUAUUGGCGGGCUGCACAUGACAACCUGCCUGAGAACUAUGCCCAGCUCAUCCUUAACACCCCCUGUGCGGGCAUGCUGCCAGAUCUCAACCAGGAGUCCCUCGCUAGCCACCGCACGACUCACCCCAAGAGCAUUGAGGCCGAAAAGGCAUCCAAGGAGCAGGGCCGAGAGACGGACGAAGAGCUAGAAUCCCUGUCUCACCACCGUGGCCACCACUACCAACAGCAGCAGCAACAGCAGCAGCCAACAUCACACCAUGAGGCCAUGCCACACAGCAGUUCCUCACAAGGGGUGGCAUCCAGCCGGCACUCGGCAGGCACUGCAGCCACACACAGCACUACAGCGCAGCUGCACUCACGACCACGGUCACAUCACCAUAGCUCGUAUUCCGAGAGGCGACUACCCAGACAACCAGGAGAGGUUUCUUCUCCGGAAGGGGACCUGUUUUCGGCAAGCUGUCGUGGGGAUGACAUGUACCCAGUGCAUGAUGACGACGACGAUCCCGACUACUACGGCGACACGCGUAUGCACCCGCCACCACCAGUCAUGGCCACCUCAUACCGUGGGGCUGGGAGUAGCAAUUUCGAUGAUUGGGAUGAUGCUCCCGAUCCGUACCUCGAGGACCUAUCGCCACCGCCUCCACACCUUCGGCAACACCACUUCCCACACUCUGUAGCAGCACAGCGACGGCACCACCAUCACGGCCACCAUGCCUCCGAGUACGAUCGUGAUGAGUGCGACGACGACCGCAACUAUCGGGGUGGGGGCAGCGGGAGUGGUGAGACGGGUCUCCACAGAGGACAGAAGUACCCCGUCAAUGUGCUCUAGCAGAGACUUUGCCCUCCUUGAGUCUUGGCUUUUUGACGGUAUCACAUUGUCACUGCAGUUGGGUGGUGGCAACGAUGCUUGGGCUCCACAAUGUGCCAUGGCUUGGCAGCCACUGGCAGGGCUAGCGCAAUGUCGGUGCUUUCUUGCUAGCUGUGUAUCCUCUCUAAAGCACAGUUGCCACUUUGUGCAGCCGACUGUCGCAUUCUAUGACAAAGCCAGCCCCCAAACAGCACGGGCAGGUCACAGGCUUGGCUGCCAUUGCCACGAUGGCUCUUCCUCGGGCAGCAGCGUUAUGCACCUGUACAGCCCAUGCGAGGCCCCCCUUAACAUCCUGCCUUUUUCAACAGCAAGCGGUUGACGUCUUUCGUGAGCAAAAAAAGAAACCGCGUGGUUGUGCCACAGGACCUGAGCACGGUCCUCUCCCUCCACCCCUCCCCUGCCUCCCCCAAAGUGCAACACUCCUGCAUUUGUAAUCAAGAGAUGAUAGGAGAGAACAGAUCUCUCCACUGCAACUCUUUCAGCAAGCUCGCCUUACGCGUCCACAACCACCAUUCUGCUGCUCAAUGCAAAAUGCUUUUUUCAAGCGUCUUGCUGCGACACUGUACUGUCCACUGCAAGGAUUGUCAUGUACACUUUCAGGAUACUGGGACAUUCCUUGCAAGUGCUUUUGAAGCCCUUCUGCGAUUUUUCACUGGCCAUGGAUGGCGCUUCUCUGAGAGUGAACAUUUCUCACCACCGAGAAACCGUGAAGAAUGUAGGCCUUCAGCUUAGCUGUACUGUUUGCACCUUUCUAGUUCCUUAGUUUCUGACAUCCUUUGCUGUGAAGCAGCAAAUAUUUAGGUCAAAGGCCAUCACAGCUUACUCUGUGCCAGGUAGCAGUUUUUCUAUUCUUGUUUAGAUAUGUGCUGACUACAGUUCUUGGGGGCUAAGAAUUACCUGUGGACACUUGAACUAAGUGACUUGAGACCUUACGUAUGCCAGGGGAUUCCCACACAUUCAGGGAGUUUUGUUUCUGUUGCAAUUUUUGUACAUUUAGAUAUGUUCCUUUUGUCAAGGAACAAGCUUUCCUAGCAACAGCUACGGCUUUUCCUGCUUAGAUUUUGUGUGGAAGGUUUUAGAAAAUGUUUCUAGGUGUUUUAACAUUGUUUUUAAUUUUGAAUUGCAUGUUGUCUCCACUUUUUUGUUACGACUGUUUUUAUUUGAAUCACGAUGUCACCAGAGCCUGUUAGGCAAAUGUUGUGACUGUCAUGCCAUUGAUAAUAUGCUGUUUUAAAUCCAUCAUUUCGCCAAACAGACAUUUUACUGAAUUUAAUAUUGUUUAAGUUAAGUUCAUGUCUCGAGACAAAUGUUUUUGUAGAUUCAACAAGACAGCAGAGCCUUUUGGUUUGAUUUUUAAGGUUGGUGAUCUAUUACAAUUUAGGUAACGCUGCUAGGUGGAAGAAUGUACCACAUAUGCUGAUUUGAGACCUUUACUUAUGGUGACAUCAGGCGCUGCUGCUGUUUUCUUGAGCCCUAUUCUAUACCUUUUGUUUAUCAGCUAUUUACACUGCAAAGCCUGAAAAUUGCAAUUAUAUACAUAUAUUUUGUUUUAAAUUAGGAGUGCCUAAUUGUGUUGCAGCAUUUGACUCAAACUUGAGCUCCUUUAAUCAGUCUUUCAGUUAAGGUCAUAAUAAAUUUUUUAAAAGUUGUACACUUGGAACGUUUUUCAUCACUGUUAUAUGCCUGUAACUUAUAAAACUAUCAGCAUUAUGUCGACUCGCCUUUCUGGAUGGGAGCACUUGUCAGCAGCCGUCUUUUAAUGCACAACAAGGAGUGUUGGUUUGUGUUUUCAAAUCAAGUUAAAUUCUGUAGCCAUUACAAUUCUUGGUUUAGAAGUUAUGCAGGCCUAAACUUUCUGCAGUAGGCUUCAUAACUAGUCUUUUCACAGUGCAUUUAGGUCGUGUAGGCCGUCUCGGAUAAUGCACAUUUGUGGGAAGCGACGUGGUUUUUGACAAGUCAUGGAAAGCAUAGCAGUGCUGUGUUGAGCGCAGGAACAGACUUAAGAGGUAGCACAUCACAUUUUCUAAGCUCAUUGCAUACCCUUCAUAUUCACUUUUAUUCAAGAUAACCUUGGGGAACCCCAUGAUCAACUUUCCAGAAAGCAAGCCAAGAUUUUUAUGGAAUGAUUUGUUUUUUGGUUGCCAUUGGUCUCCAGACUGUAGAAUUUUAUUUUUUAUGUCUCCCAGUUUGGCAGUACUGUUAAAGGUACUUUAGUGCAAGCUUCAAGACAAACACAGGGCACCAAAAGACAAGCACUACCCAUGACCGUUCAUGUGGCAACAUUUUAUUGGUCAGCUGAGUUUGUUUUGUGGUAGAUGCUUAGGUGUGUCUAUGCACACAAUUUUUAUUGUUUCUCUACAUUUAGCAUUGUACAAACAUGUUUGAACGGCUGUUUUGUCAUGGCUCUUAUCAGCCUUUCAUUUGUUUCAUUUGAUGAAUAUUUGCAUGUGGUGCACAUGCGCAUCUUCCACGUGUUGCCGGUACUGUUGACCUUCAUUGAUUCAAUUACUGCUGGAUGUGCAAAAUUGGUUAAAAUUACGAGAAGUUUAAAUGACAUGCAUAUAUCAAGCCGAAGUUCUUAUUUUUUAUAUCGUGAUCACUGCUGAACAAAAAGCAAAAUUUGACAAUGUCAGAUAAAUGAAGGUUGACUCCAUGCUUGCACUAGUUUAUCCUUAAAUAUAUACUUUGCCUUUUUUAUGUGAAAGCAUCAAAUGGCUCAUUGAGUGAAAAAGCUAGCAUCUGGAGUCUGUAGCAGCCUAAAUUCCCAUUGGCUCUGACACCACAGCAUGAGCGCGUCGACGGAGCAGAGCGAGCUAAAUGGAACGCCAGUGCACUAGGUGUUGUGCGAGGCGACAGGGCAUCGCUUCAAUGCUAUGUCACCUUCACUCUCGUUCUCGGAAGCCUGUGUUAUCAGCGCAUUCCUUGUCCACACAAGCACUUGCCUGCAUUCUAACUGCACCUCGGUAAGGCCAAAUAAAAUACACCAUGCGUCUCAACGCACUUGCUCCCGUGAGGAGUUCAUAAUUCAAAGGGACGCUCAGCGGUGUUCAAUUGGACAUUAAUGUUUU